ACUGUUCGAUCAGCAUUUUGAGCAAAAGACAACUUUAACUUCACGCAAAAAAGAUUUGAUUUUUAACGACACCCAUCUCCUAUUUUUGUGAAAUUCAAGAAUAUUAAGGUGUUUCAAUGGAGGGGUUGAUGAGUUUUCAGGCGAAUUCUGUUCAUGCUUUAUCAAGACGGCAAAGCUCGGUACUAGUUCCUACAUUUUCUCGAAAAAAUAGUAAUACAAGAGUUUCUGUUCAACCAAUUGGAAUGGUGAGGAAUUCCAAAUCGUUUAAUUCCGUUGUUGCUUCAGUUCAGCCAAUUGAAGCAUCUGCUGUAACCCCUUUUGACAACACAUUGCCAUCUAAAGAGGUUCUUGAUGUUUGGAAUAAUGCGAAUGCUGUAUGCUUUGAUGUGGAUAGCACUGUGUGCAUAGACGAGGGCAUUGAUGAAUUUGCGGAGUUUUGUGGUGCUGGAAAGGCUGUAGCGCAAUGGACUGCUAGGGCAAUGAAUGGCUCUGUUCCAUUUGAAGAAGCAUUGGCAGCUCGUCUUUCUCUUAUAAACCCGUCAUUAUCCCAACUCCAGGAUUUUCUUAAGAGACCUCCACGACUUUCUCCUGGUAUUGAUCUAUUGGUCAAGAAGCUGAAGGAUAAUAAUAAAGAUGUUUAUCUGGUCUCUGGAGGGUUUCGUCAAAUGAUCAAUCCUGUUGCAUCAAUCCUUGGAAUACCACUUGAAAAUAUCUUUGCCAAUCAAAUACUCUUUGGGAGCAAUGGAGAAUAUGCUGGGUUUGAUAAAAACGAGCCAACUUCAAGGCGUGGCGGAAAGGCUACUGCAGUUCAACAAAUAAGAAAGGCUCAUGGAUACAAGUCACUAGUGAUGAUUGGUGAUGGUGCUACUGAUCUUGAAGCUCGUAUGCCAGGUGGUGCGGACUUGUUUAUUUGCUAUGGCGGAAUUCAACUACGAGAAUCAGUUGCAGCUAAAGCUGAUUGGUUGGUGUUUAAUUUUAAGGACUUGAUUAAUUCAUUGGUGUAAUGUGCUAUUGCAUCUACACUCUUUCAUCUUUAUUUGGUUU